CGUAACACGAGCGAGGGAAAUUGAGUCGCUAACCUGUGUGUAAAGAAGGCAACAAAGUAGAUGAAGUGAGGAAGUAAUUUUAUUUCGCGCUGAAGUGCUCUUUUGUGUUAUUAGCAGGAGUCUUUUAACUUAGCUAAUGUAGGCUUCGUAAGCAACUAAGGUAUAACUGUAGCACUUCGCGUAUAUGUUUUUAGUAUUGAAUAUAGUAAGAAAGCUAACGUUAGUCAGGUAGCCAAACGUAGCUAACUCAGCAAAAGUCACUGACAACUACAAAUAUCGUCGACGCUUAGAGCUAGGUCGUACUCUAAAAGAAAGCAUUUAAUUUGUCAUUUUGCUCCCGUAACUGAAAGAGGAAGGGGAAGUUUGUCGUUGUGUUAUUAGCAGCCACUGGGAAUGUCAUCGCCUCCAUAUGGUCGCAGGAUUCAUGAGGGGUCAACGAACAUAUCAGACAGCGACUCGGAGGACGAGCCUAAGAUCCCCCUCAACCAGUUCUUUCCAUACAUCCGCUGUGCCCUGUGCUGCGGCUUCCUCAUCGAUGCCACCACCAUCACAGAGUGCCUGCAUACAUUUUGCAAAAGCUGCAUCGUGAAGCACUUCUUCUACAGCAACAGGUGUCCCACAUGCAGCAUUGUAGUCCACCAGACACAACCCCUAUACAACAUCAGGCCUGACAGACAACUGCAGGAUAUCGUUUACAAAAUGGUUCCCUUCCUGGAGGAGCUUGAACGAGAACAAAUAUGUAACUUCUACAAAGAGAGAGGGCUGGAGGUGCCAAAACCAGUGGUGCUCUCCUCUCCAAGUCCUGUGGUGGCAAGAAGACAGAAGAAAGAUAACAUUCCUCAGUCUGUGUUCACCAUUCCCCCUGAGCUGGAUGUGUCUCUGCUGCUGGAGUUUGUGGGGGCUGAAGAGGGCAUUAGCAACUAUAAGCCAUUAGAGAGGCGGUAUGUUCGAGUGUCAGGUGAGGCCACUAUCCGCCACGUGGAGUUGUUCAUCAGGAGGAAAAUGGAGCUCAGCCCAUCCUGCCAGGUGGAUGUAGUUUGUGGAGAUCACCUCCUAGAUCACUACCAGUCACUCAAAGACAUACAGAACACUGUGGGUGAAGAGGCACUACAGGACGGUCUGCUGGUGCUGCACUUUGGCUUGGUUCUGCCCUCCCAGUGUUGAGUUCUGUCCUUUUGGACUUUGAUUCUCUUCAUCACACUCUUGUCACAAUGUGGAGUGCAGUGUCUACAUUUGCAUUAUAACGGCUUCACUAAUGUCUUAAAUGUGUUGUUAGACAAAGUUCAAGAACUGUAAACUUGGAUUUCUUUAUCAAUCAAGUCUGCAGUGUUCUGGAAGUUAAAAUAUAAAAUUUCACACUGUGGCAUCAAAUGUUCAAAAAAAAAAAAAAAAAAACCAUCACAUAUACAUUUGAUUUCCUGAAGUGCCAA